GCUGCAGCGAGUUGGGACGCGUCUUUGGAGAGACAGAGGACUCACCGUAACUUCAUGGUUUCACCCCUCUCGAAAGUGGAUCCAAGGUUUCGUCGGUUGGGUUUCCUGCCUCUGUGAGUCGGCGGAGGAGUCUCAAGUAGGUUUGCUGACUCCCGGUCUGUUGUUUCAUCGGACAGCCCGCCGUCCAUCCAAUGUGCGUAAAAGGGCUCUAUUUCUUCACCGUCCUGUCUGGACUGGCAGCUUCAGGCGUGCUGCAGGUCAGCGGGAUGCGUGUAUACACAUCUGGGGAUGUAGAGGCAGUGAAUGGGACUGAUGUUCGUCUCAAGUGCACAUUCCAGACAUCCGCUCCUAUUAACGCCAACUCCCUCACCAUCUCCUGGAGCUUUAGACCCCUCGUUCCAGGCCGAGAGGAAUCGGUAUUCCACUACCAGCAGCGACCCUAUCCUCCUGUCGAGGGCAUUUUCAGGAAGCGCGUCGCUUGGGCCGGUGACAUCAUGGGCCGUGACGCUUCCAUCAUAAUUCGACAGGUCAAGUUCACCUACAACGGCACUUACAUCUGCCAGGUCAAGAAUCCACCAGAUGUACACGGCACGGUGGGAGAGAUUCGACUCCGUGUCGUCACCACAGCCUCUUUCUCCGAACUUCUCAUGCUGGCGUUGGCCAUCGGGGGUGGGAUCACCGCUGUGGUCAUCCUCCUCGUCAUCAUCGUGUCCUGCAGGAGGUGCAAGAAGAGGAGACAGAGACAGCUGGAAGGGAAUGAGGAGGCUCCCUGCAAGGAGAGAAAAGAUCCCACUGCGUGCCACCCAUCGAGGGCCAUCCACCUCUACCUAUCAGAGACGUCCAUAGAGAUUGACAGUUCAGAUGGCAUGAUCUCAGAAGCAAGCACCAAAGACCCGAGCUCCUCAGAGGAGGAGGGCCCGAGCUCAGACGACGACGGCGGUGAUGACUCCGACUGAGAAGGUGGGGACAGAUAGAGAGACACUAACACUGAUGUGAAGCCAGCAAGGAAGGUCGCUGGAGGGCUGCCCAGAUAGCACCCAUGGAUUUAUUUCCCUGGUUCUGCUGAGUGGAGGCCAGAUGAAGAGAGAGCUACUGCUGCUGCCACUGCAGUGUUGGAAACAACCACAUUGUUCCUGAUUAAGAGGAAAACGGAAAGAAAGUUCUGUUUCAAAGUUUCCGACUAAGAACAAAGAGAUUGCAGCGAUGCUUUUGAUAAUGAUCAAGACUUUGAAACAGAAUCCAAAGUACGAUGACUUUCCUUUUGAGAGAGUCCAGAAAUAUUCAUUUGAGGGAAGAAAUGCUGUUUGAAACCCGCAGGGCUCACAAAGUGAGAGGCUCCUGAAGCUGGCGUGGCUACUGUCACAAAGGAAAAAGGCGUCAAUUCGUGUUCAAUAACUGUCUGUUCUCCUAGACAUGGAUCUUGUUAAGAAGUCAAUAAUAAAUUCAGCUGCAACAAGCAAUCACUUUCAUUAAAGAUACUGGACUUUAAGUAGUUAGAGUGAAGACAGUGCCUCCCCACAUGAUGAGCCACACACAGACCGCCAUAUUUAGAUGGGUGUCCAUAACUUCAGGCAUAAUCUGUAGUCUCAGAGCACCUGUUAAAAGCAGUUUAAUCCUCCAGAUGUAGGCUGAGGGGGUUUACAAUAUGCCACAUCAGAUUGCUUGGAUAAAAAAGCAUAAAUGUGAUGAUUCUUUCAUUAAGCCUGAAGGCCAAAUAGUUGAUCAGUGAGCGAACAACUGCAGGCACGUGAAUGUCCUGAGUGUCAUGUGGGAGCUCACAGUCAGAUCUGAAAACCCUUUGAUUGCAAAACGUCCUUGAGAGCCUGUUUUCUCUCCGUAUGCCUGUGAAUGAAUCACGGCUACUAACUGAUGAUUGUAAUAACUGUCUUUCUCCCUUUUUGUGACAGAAUUUUGUACCUGUGAUGUAAUACUGAGCAAUAUGUUUAUAGAUUUUUCUUUUUUUCUAGUUUAUUUUAGAUAAUGCCAGAAGUAUUUUGUUCUGUUGUUUAAAAAUGUCACCGUAUUUUUAUUGUUGUAGAGCUUUUAUA